GGCCGCAGCGGCGCAGGGCUCCCGCGGAGCUUCUUUCUGACCCGUGUCGUCCCCCGCGGCGUCUCUGUUUAUGCCUGAGUCCCUGAAACACGCCCAGGCGCCCUGUUCCCCGCAGACCCGGCCGCGGCGGAAGCGCGGGCUUUCGGGGGGCUGGGCAUUGGUCCGCACGUGCUGCGCGGAGCCCCGCGGCGAGCUGACAGAAGGCGCGCGUGGAGCUGCCGGGGUCGCUGCGGUACUGCGGCUUUUCACGCCCCACCCCACCUCAGCCCAGCCCAGCCCAGCCGGCUCGUUUCAGGUUCGCCAGGAGUUGCGCAGUGGAUCCGCGAUUGUCCUGCAUCCAUAACACUCGUUAACCAUAAGGCCGUCCGGAUCACGGAAUCCAAGAAGUAAUACGUUGGAUUAAGCAAUCCUUCCUCCGUGGAUGAGACUGACUGUUCCGUGUCCUGAAGGUCUGGGCAAGAGAGAAGGUGACCUGGGACACCUGACCCAGCUCAGCCAGGGCUACUCAAGGAGUGAGACAGGUAAAGCUCACCUUGCUUAGUCCACUCGGGCUGCUAUAACAGAAACCACAGGCUGGAUGGCUUAUAGACAACACACAGCUAUUUCUCACUGUUCUGGGGGCCGGCAGUCCAAGAUGAAGGUGCCUGCAGAUUUGGUGUCUGAUGAGAGACCCUUUCCUGGUUCACAGAUGGCUGUCUUCUCACUGAGUCCUCACCUGCAGAAUUGUCCCCUGAUGCACAGGAGUUGGGGUAAUUGAAAAAUGGACCCUCAGAAAUGCUAGGCUUACAAUGAGAAAUGUCGUAAUUCAGUGUUUAUUCUAUGGAUCCUUGACGUUUGGGAUCUGCACAGCUCUGUUAUUUAUAUGUUUUUACCAUAAUUAUGUGAGCAACUCCCAGAAGGAAACCAAGGAGCCUACAUCAGUUUUGUACCCUGAUGAAAAAUUGCAACAGCAAAUUAUCCAUGGCUCUGGGAAAACACCAAGAUUACAUGUAAGACUUCAAAGGCCUAACAAAGAUGAAACUAACGAAAAGAGGCCAAUUUUAAACUUAAGUAAGACUUUUAACUAUACAGACCCAGAAGCUGUUCGUGAAUUUUUAAAAUAUGGAUUGAAUACUUUCAUCAGUAAAAGUUUGGGCAAUGAGAGACAUGUGCCAGAUACCAGGAAUGAAAUGUGUCGUAAAAAACAUUACCCAUCCAGACUACCUACUGCCAGCAUUAUCAUUUGCUUCUACAAUGAAGAAUUUAAUGCCUUGUUUCGGACCUUGUCCAGUGUCAUGAUGCUCACUCCACACCAUAUCCUUGAAGAAAUUAUAUUGGUCGAUGACAUGAGUGAAUUUGAUGAUUUGAAAGAAAAACUAGACUAUCACCUAGAAAUUUUUCGGGGAAAGAUUAAAUUAAUAAGAAACAAAAAGAGAGAAGGACUGAUUCGAACGAGGCUGAUUGGAGCGUCUCGUGCUUCAGGGGAUGUUCUGGUGUUCCUGGAUAGCCACUGCGAGGUUAAUAAAAUGUGGCUGGAGCCCUUGCUGUAUGCCAUCAGCAAGGACUGCAAAAUGGUGGUGUGUCCUCUGAUAGAUGUCAUUGACUACAUGACCCUGGAAUAUCAGCCCUCUCCUGUUGUGAGGGGAGCUUUCAACUGGUAUCUGCAAUUUAAAUGGGAUGAUGUUUUCUCUUAUGAGAUGGAUGGACCAGAAGGACCCACUAGUCCCAUCCGGUCCCCUGUAAUGGCUGGAGGAAUUUUUGCUAUAAAACGGCAUUAUUUUAAUGAGCUUGGACAGUAUGACAAAGACAUGAACUUCUGGGGAGGGGAAAAUUUGGAACUUUCACUAAGGAUCUGGAUGUGUGGAGGCCAACUCUUCAUACUGCCCUGCUCUCGAGUAGGACAUGUCAAUAAGCAACACAUCCUGAAUGAACCUGAAGGUACCAGAGCUGCGAUAUAUAACAACCUCAGACUGGUACAUGUUUGGCUGGAUGAAUACAAGGAGGAGUUUUUUUUACGAAGACCUAGUCUGAGAUCCAUUCCCUAUGGAAACAUUAGUGAGCGUAUUGAAUUAAGGAAACGAUUGGGUUGCAAGUCAUUUCAGUGGUAUUUGGAUACUAUCUUCCCAGAAUUGGAGGCAUUUAAUCGCGGCCACUGAAAGAAAAACAAAUCAUCUUCAUUAAUAAAAGGUUAAAAAGUCCUCUAGUCCUUCAACAUAGAGAAGAGUACAAGUUUGGAACAUCAUGAAAUUAUGUGAAAUGCACUAAUUAAUACAAUCAGAGUAGUCCAGGACAGGAGUGCCUUUUCUUUCCUCCUUUCAUGAUAGCUCUUAAUUCUUUGUUACUCAUCCGCCACUAAGUUUCUAGGGUGGCAAGACCUUGAACAUUAGAAAUGUCACUGUCACACAGUUAAGACUCCAGUAUACAGUUAUCUCCAAUUGUUGGCCAGACUCACUUGGUCCUGGUAGACUACAGGGACUGCCCCAUUCUUGGAGCCUUCGCCAACUCCAUUCCUACCCCAGACAGGCGACCUGGCCCAGUGGUCUUCUCAGAAAGAUGUGCAUCGAGAGUCUUGGUGGUACAUACCAACUUUUAUUUAACUGUAUUGAGCUCCUUUUUUGCUGCCAGUGUAGAUUCUGGCACUGACACCUUGCUUGGUUGGAUUCCUGAGUUUCUGAUGUCCGGUCCACUUGCCUGGGUGUCCUGGUGCAGCUCUCCAGGCCAGACUCCCCAUUUGUUCCUGUCCACCUUUCUGACACUUGGAGAUACUUCCUGCUUCUGAGUUUCCCUUUUUCAUGUCUGUCCCCUCCCACAACUCUAGCCUACAGCUCUCCUGAAACUUCCUGGGUUACGUGCCUCAUUGAUAACCAAUGUUCUGACUUGAGAACUGUUUAGCUGGGAUCGGGGAAGCAGCUGUUAGAUUCCAUACCUAUCCUGUGUGAACACCCCCCCCCAGAUGUCUAAGUACGGCUUUCGGGUUAGAGGGGUGGCUGUUGUGUUCCCCCUGGUGCAGAUGGCUAGGAAAUUGAAAUAGAUGUCAUUCACAAAGACAAAGAGGGUGAGAAAAUGAGUGAAGGCUCACGUUGAAAGGAGUUAAAAAGGAGCAGGGGAGACUUAGGAUGGGAUCAUUAAACAUAGCCUAUGCUGGAGAAAACAUAAGCUAUUGAUAGUUUUUAUAGCAAGAAACAACUUGACUCAUCUAUUAUACUCAUUCAGUCAACAAUUGAGUGGUCAUCCGGGCCAGGUGUCCUCCUAGGUGCUGGAAUGCAGCAGACAAAGGAGCAGGAAAACAUCCCUCGCUUCAUGGAGCUUGUACUCUUUAGAUAAUAUAUACAAUGUAAAUAAAAAAGGACCAGUUUAUGAUCUCUUUAUACCUAUGUAUUUAGCAAAAUGCUCUCUAAAACCUACUGCUAGAAAGACAUGUAAAAACCUGUGCUCACGUAUUUUAGACGGCCAUGGUAACUUGAUUGGGCCUUUAAAAGGUCAAUCUGGCUGCACAAAAUAAGCACCACAUUAUGAUUAUAUAUUCUUGGCCUAUAUUUAUACCUUAGUUGUUUUUAGAAAGUAAUAAAAAUUGAUGGUAA